GCACACAAAAGCUUGAUAUAUGAGAAGCAUGCAGUGACUGAGUUUCCUGCAAGUAGAACUUCAUCAGGCUUUUAUUGCAGUACAUCUUAUGGUAGGCCCAGCAGAUGAGUGGCAGUUUUGAUUUAACUUCCAUUUACCUUGUGCUUUGUUUGCCAAGUAUGCUUUUGUUAAGUGCCUGGGGUUCUUUAAUAGCAGAUGUUCAGAGGUAAAGAUGCUUGUUUCUUUUUUCUUUCCCCCUGCAUUUUCUCAAUCGGGUCUUGAAAGUGAACCAGUUGCUUUAUGCUCAGGAGGUUAUUCACUUUAACUUUCAUGCCACUGUCAGCUCUCAUGUAGCUGUACAAGUUUAAUAUUCCACCCACCAGCACUACCAGGAAAUGUCUUAUUCCCAUGUCAGAUAUCAGUUCAGACAGAUGGCUGUGUGAGGAUGACAGCCAGUGUCUCUGCUCCACUGGGCACACUCCACUGACUUCUCAGCAGAAGUGCAUUGUGAUAUUUGCCUUGGUUUGCUGCUUUGCUGUACUGGUGGCACUGAUUUUCUCUGCUGUGGACGUUUGGGGAGAAGAUGAAGACGGGAUCACAGAAGAGAACUGCAGCAAGGACUGCAGAAUAGUGCUUAUGGAGAACAUCCCAGAUGACAUCUCCUUCGACAAUAGCACAUCCCACCUCCCUCUCUCAGCAGGACUGCACCACUUGUUGGACCAAGCUGUCCGGUCCGUGGAGAUAGUUUCUCCAUGGUGGGUCCUCAACUACUCCGGUUAUGACUCCAGCUUCCAGCUUGCUGCCAGACAGGGUAGGGGUCUGCUUUUCAGGCUCCAGGGGCUGAAAGCUGAAGGAAUCCAGCUGAAGAUCUCCAGCGAGAUGAUCAACUCAACUGAGCUCAGGAUGCUUGCCAGACACAAUGCUGAGGUCCACUAUGUGAACACAACAGCACUGACCAAAGGCCACCUCCACUCCUCCUUCUGGGUGGUCGACAGGAGACAUUUCUACAUCGGCAGUGCCAGCAUGGACUGGAGAUCCCUGACCACAAGGAAGGAACUGGGUGUGUUGGUGUACAACUGCAGCUGCCUGGCUCUGGACCUCCACAGGGUGUUCAGUCUCUACUGGGGGCUCCAUGAUAAAGAAUUCAUCCCCACCUUCUGGUCCAAGCGCAUCUUGUCACUCUUCAACAGGGACAAACCACUGAACCUCACUCUCAACAACACCAAGACUCAGGCCUAUGUCUCUAGCUCUCCAGAUGUUUUCAGCCCCGGAGAUCGUAGCAGUGAUCUGGAAGCCAUUUCCAGGGUCAUCCAGGAGGCUCACCAUUUCAUAUACAUCUCCAUCGUUGAUUACCUGCCUGUUCUCGGCAGCAGUGCCCAGAGGUACUGGUCUCGUAUCGAUGAUCUUAUCCGAGAGGCUCUGAUCCUGAGGAAGGUGCGGGUUCGUCUGCUGAUAAGUUGCUGGGAAAACACUCAUCCCCUUACUUUUAACUUCAUCUGGUCCCUGAAGAGUCUAUGUAUGGAGCAAGCAAACUGCUCACUAGAAGCUAAGUUCUUCAGGGUGCCAAGUCUUCAGGGAAUAAACCACAACAGGUUUAUGGUCACAGACAGAGCCAUUUAUUUAGGUAACCUUGACUGGGUGGGAAAUGAGUUUACCUUUAACGCAGGAGCAGGCCUAGUGAUUAGUCAACCAGAGGGCAUCGAUGAGAGGAACUCCACAGUGGUGGAACAGUUACGAGCUGUGUUUGAGAGGGACUGGUUUUCACGUUACGCCCUUUCUGUGCAGCCUAAUAAGAUCCCUGUUUGCAAUGGACCAGUGCCUCUCAGAACAGCCCAGCAUGAUAAUAGACCUGCACCAAUGAAAAACACUCACAAAAGCGACAGACAGACACAACUUAAAAUAAGGCCCCAUGAUGCCAGACUAAGUAAAAAUAACCACCAAGACCUGGCAAACGGACUGGUGCCAAGUAUAGACAGCUGCCAAGAAAGGGAACUAGUCAAAAUGAGUCAUCUUGAGUCCAGACAGGUUCAAAUCCUAGAUAAGAAUGAUAACAACCCAAUGGAUCCACCCAGUCAGUUGGCUGAAAGCAGUGGCAGCAGAGAGAUUUUCAACAAACCUCUGUGACCACAAUGCAUGUUGGGUUCCCUCUCACUGAAUGAUGUUUGGAGACCCGCUCUCUUCCACUGACAAUGGAUGUCCUUGGUCUUUGUAGCAUUUUAAUAUUGUCAUUUUGUAGAAAACAAAAAACGUUGAAGAUUUAAAUAAUAUAUGGUUUGCAGCACUUGAAAAAGUACAUGAAGAACUCAGGAAGGGAAGUAGAGGCUCCUGUGCAGUCUGGCACAAGAAAACCAAAACAUUUUGAUUUAGAAGAAAGACUGGUUAAUACUCUGUCAUAAUUUAUAACCUUGCAUCUUGUUUAAUUUUUUUUCUGUCCAUGCUGAGUUCUCUCAAGCAAAAGAAAUGGGUGAAAACUGAU